ACGGCGGAAAAAAAAAACUAGAUCGAGAUCUACUAGGGAUUGGGGGUGGUGGAGAGGCAAGGUAGGCGGAGACCCUCGAUCCUUCGCGGAGGUGGCUGCCUCACCUCCCAUGGCGGCUGAUGUGGGGCGCGAGUACUAGGGGAGUGGCAUCAAGGCGUGGAUGCGGGCCGCCAGGGCGCGGCGUGGACGCCGCGCGGGAAGGAACGCCGGCCGCGGAAACGGCCGUGGCGGCGACAAGAGCAAGUACUCCUGAAAGCGAAGCGAGGGCGACGGCGACCGCACCAUCUCUGCCUCAUCCAACCUUGCCUCUGCUUCGGACGAUACCUCUGGCUGGGAUGUGGCGGCGGCGCCAAGGUGCCAUGAUCCCCAGGAUGGAGGUUUCUGGGUGGAGAAGAAGCGCUCGGCGAUGGCAUCGGAGGACUCAGGGAGCGGGCACCAGACUUCAUCCCCGAUCCGCCGCCCACAUGGCAAACAGAAUAUCCCUCAGGUGCCUAUCCUAUCCCCUACCCCAUAUGCAAGUCGAAUGAACAUCCUCCUGCUCGAUGUCCUCAAGUUUUUUGUGAGCGACGUAACAAAUUAGGGCAUCUGGCUUCAGUUUGCAUGACAUUUCUUCCUUGGGAGUGUAUUGCUCUGAUGUGUGCAUUUCAAUCUAAGGGGUUGGGGUUUUACUACAUCCAUGAUUCUUGCACAGCCAAUCAGCUUAAGGAGAGAUCCAAUAAUAUUGUUGUGACCAUUGUUGAGGGUGAAACGUCGACCAGGCAGAUGGAGUUAGAUUUAUCUGACUACCUUGCCACAGGAUGGCGCUACUCAGCCCAUGCCAUUGGUCCUGGGGUGUUCGUGGUUCGAUUUUCUAAUCCUUGAGGUGUUGCUCAAAUCUGCUAUGUGGGUACUGUUAGUCUGAAAACAAGUGGGGCUGUUAUACAUGCCACCCAUUGGUCAUCAGCUGUGGGAUCGAAGGGAGUUAUGGAAACUGCUUGGGUGAAAGUGAUCAAUGUACCUCUAGAUAAGAGAAGUGAGAGAAAUAUAGCUUUUGUUGCCUCGCUGGUGGGGGUUCCCCUGGAGAUUGAUGCUGCAACUUUGCAUCGUCCUGCUUCUGUCUGUGUGAAACUAGGAUGCAGGAAUGCUGAUGCUAUACCUGGGGUAGCUGAGGCAGUUCUAGGGGGCAUUUCUAUGAUUUUUUUUCUAUGAGGUGGAGCAGGUGCUGGUUAGGGAUCCAAACCAUGAAGAAAUGGGAUAAAGGUGUCUCCUAACCCUGAUAGAGGAAACCCUAAAAGACCUAUGCAGGAUGUGACUCCUGGAGCUCAGAUGGGCAGCUCUUCAACUGGGCUUGGGGGGGGGGGGAAUCUCUCCCCAUUCGCCAACGAGAAGUGCCUGACACGAUUCGGGAGUCACAGGAAGUAUGGAGUCUGAUGACUCUCUGCAUACUACUCUUCUCAUUGAAACCAUGGCAUAUGAUCAGGAGCAGGGAGAGAAAGAAAAAGUUGUGGAAAUGGUGGGCCAACAUGAUUCGGCGCUGAAAGUGACCAGUGAGUACAUGGUGGAGUCCCCUGAGAUGAAUGCUAAGGUGAUUCCCACUCCCCCUUUAGUCACUGAGGAGAAUCUGCGCUUCAGUUUGAGGAAUGUGCAGAAUAAACUGGAGCGAGUGGAGGACAAGGCUACGGCUGCGGCAAAAAAGAGGAACAUGGAAGACAGGUUUGAUGGCUAGUGAUGACCGGGAGGCCAUGGAGCGCGGAGCCAAGAUGCUCAGGUCCAAUGCUUCGACAAUGAUGAGAAUCUGUGCGGCUCCAACCAAUUCAGCGAUGGACCGAUGCUCUCUCCGAUGCUUCGGAUUUACUUUUGCCAGGAUAGUUGUCUCACUCCUGCGCGAGUGUCUUCCUGCUCGUUUGUGAGCCUUGGAGAUUACGAACUGUUGCGGGUUUCCUUUUGGAUUCAGCCUUUAUGUUUAGGUCCUAGAGGCUAGCGUGAUCGAUGGUGUCACUGGGUUUUCCAGUGAUGCUUUGGACUCGCCUCCCCCUUUCUAGUUUCCUUGUGCCGGUGUGAUGUUGGGUCUUUGGUCACUGAACUAUGUAUUUCCGUUAUGAAUGUAAUGGAAAGGGGUUA